GCUGGAAGCAAUCAAUCAUCAUUAUUAACUUAGAGAAAAGCUAGAAAACACCAGCCUUUAAGACUACGUCAUCAGCCGGCGACGACAGGGAUGCUGCUUUUAUGUCAGUUCUUCAAAUACAGCAGAACUUUAAGGCCCGGAUGACGUUGUCAACCCGAUCUGCCGUGUUGUCUCUCUACAUGCGUGUGUUUCGCAUCGCCCGGGCUUGGCAGGCCCAGACUGGCAUCAUGAGCGACACGGAGGCUGAGAGAAAGUACAUCGUGCAGGAGGCCCGUACUCUGUUCAGACAGAACCAGCAGCUCACAGAUCAAGAAUCAAUCAGGAGGUGUAUAGAAGAAUGUGAAGCAAGGAUAGAAAUAGGUCUGCAUUACAGGAUCCCCUACCCAAGAGCUACGUAUCUCCCGCCUCUGGGACUGGCCACCCAGAAGGGCAGGAAGCUGCGAGGUCAGCAGCGCCUCAGGAAGCAGGCCAAACCAGUUUACCUGCAGUCACAUGACGAGACCUGAAGGCUGAAACCCUGGACAUCCCAUCGACAGUUCAGGUUACCGCAGAUAGGAAUCUGGAGAGCGGUUUAGAGGCGGCCUCAGGCUGAGCUUCAACAAGCCGUUACUGAUCCAAGAACAGCCGUCAUUAAGGAGAAGCCACUUUUCAUUGUUGUUUGGUUGUGUUCAGCUGCAGGGACAAUUACUGUAUAUUUUAUUUAUCAUAAUGUCUAAAAAUGUCUGCUAAUUUAACUAAUAAAAUGUCUGAAUGUU